UGCACAGCAAGUGCUCUAGUAAACGCGCAUCACUUCCACGAGUAAAAAUGGCGGCUCUGGGAGCGGUUCUGCAGGGUCUGGACGGGAUGCCUUUGGCUCUGGCCAAGCCAGCGAGGCCGCUACCCGAGUGCGGCGUACAGAUUGGGACGGGUGCAGUUAUGACCGGGACCUCAAUAAUGGCAGUUGAAUUCAAUGGAGGCGUCAUUAUAGGGGCUGACUCCAGGACCAGCUCAGGAACAUACGUAGCCAACCGAGUGUCUGACAAGCUGACAGAGAUAUCUCCGCACGUCUUCUGCUGUCGUAGUGGCUCCUCGGCAGACACUCAGGCCAUUGCUGAUCUCGUCAAAUACCAGCUGAACUUGCACAGUCUGGAGCUGGGUGAGGAGGCGAAGGUCGGGAUUGUGGCACAGAUGUUCCGCAAGUGGUGCUACGACUACCGUGACCAGCUGACGGCAGGCAUCAUCUGCGCCGGCUGGGACAGACACGAGGGAGGUCAGGUCUUCUCCAUACCUCUCGGUGGCAUGUGCAUCAGACAACCCUUUGCCAUUGGAGGCUCUGGAAGUACCUACAUCUAUGGCUACUGCGACUCUCAAUUCAAAAAGAACAUGACCAAAGAUGAAUGCAUCACCUUUGUCAAGAACUGCCUGGCACUGGCAAUAGCCCGAGAUGGUAGCUCAGGUGGUGUGAUCAGGAUGGCCAUCAUCACAGAGGACGGUGUCGAGAGGUCAGUCUUCACUGGAGCCGACAUCCCCCGAUUCUACUCUGAUUGACUCCAUGACUACAAUAUUUACAUAGUUGCAUCAUGUUAACCGGUGUCAUUUAGUAUGAAAAUGAAAAAUGAAAAGCAACCAAGUGCAAA